UGCAGCGGCGGGCACUGCUACGGCUCUGCUGAAGCCUGCCUGGGGAACGCUACUACUUUCUGCUCAACAGGAUGUGAGAACAGGCAGAUAAGAGAUCAGGAUGGUAGCACUGGCGGCCCGCAUCGAUGAGGACAGACCGAAGCGAUGGAGGAGCCAACGCCCGACCCCGCCUAUGUCGACGUGGACCAGGGAUUAACUCUGGCAUGCAUCGCCUUCCUCUGCCUCCUGCUGGUCGCCAUGAUCAUCCGCUGUGCCAAGGUCAUCAUGGACCCCUACAGCGCCAUCCCCACCUCCACCUGGGAGGAGCAGCACCUGGAUGACUGACAGCGGGUUGGAC